UAUUUGUUAAAUCUCAAGUGAUAAAACACAACGUUGAAAGAGAAGAAAGGAGAUCUUUUUAGAUUCCUCAGAUUAAUUAGCACUUUACUAUUAAUAAGUCAUAUAGUUGGUUACAAUUUUGCCAUCCAAACGACUCACAAUUAUUGAAUUUCUCGAUCCAAGAUGAAGAGACAACAAUUUCAAGAAUCACAGACGCAACAGCAGCAGCAACAAGUUACCGUACAAGAACAACAACAGUACAUUCAGCAACGAAUGGAAAGACAACAGAUCACCAGUCAGCAGAGAGUUCAAAGAGAGAUCGUUAUGCAAACGACACCAACGGUACCAGUAUUUACGGGUAAACCCGGGGAUCCCUCACCACCGAUUUUCGAGCGAAUCUUCAAAAAUGCGAGAUUCGCGCAAGGCGGUAAUGCGAUUUUUGAGGGUUGUGUACGAGGUAAUCCGAAACCAUCGGUUUCUUGGACACACAAAGGAAUGCCAUUGCUAGAAUCACGAAAGUUUCGAAUGUCUUACAAUGAAAAUUCUGGAAUUGUUACACUCCAAAUUAAUCAGAUCGGUCCGGGGGAUGAGGGCGAGUACACAUGCAGUGCAAAAAACCAAUAUGGCGAAGCUAUUUGUUCAGUUUAUAUACAGCCAGAAGGAUUUGACCCUCCAGCGCAACAACUAACAGAUACUUACAAGAAAGAAAUUUCGCAAAGUUUUCAAACAAGCGACCAAAAAACGCAAAGUGGAAGUCAACAAAUCUUUCAACGCAGUUAUCAACAAACAACCGAUAAACGAAGUUACGUUAAUGGUACAAACAUUGAAGAUUUUAAGGUUGACACCUUUGAAUACAGAUUGUUGCGCGAAUUGGAGUUCCGUGAAUCAAUUACUCGCCGUUUCACGAAUGAAUCCGACUUGCAAAUUUCUACGGUAGUUGAUCGUACUCUGGGCCCGGUCGCACCUCCACAAAUUACUCAGAAACCGAGAAACUCGAAGAUCGUUGAAGGAUCAGAUGCUGUCUUCACUGCAAAGAUAACUGGCAAUCCAAAACCAAGAUUGACAUGGUUUAAAAAUGGUCAGAGAAUCCGAAAUUCUCAACGAAUAGAGACAGGCUACUCAAAUCAACAAGCUACUUUACGAAUUCGAGAUGCUCUGUCGAAAGACAGCGGUUAUUAUACAUUAUUAUCUGAGAAUCCUCAAGGUUGCACCGUUAGCUCCGCUUAUCUGGCAAUUGAAUCCAGCGAUCAAGUAGAUCAAGUUCCAUAUCAAGCGCAACAAAAGGAAUUUAUUAAGACUCAACAAGUAGAUUCAAUCAAUGAAUCUGUUGAUUCCAGCAAAGUUCUACCACCGAAUUUUGUUCGUAUCAUCACAGAUAAGGAAGCUACUGAAGGCAAAAUGACGCGAUUCGACUGUCGCGUAACUGGCCGUCCUUAUCCUGAAGUCAUUUGGUAUAUAAAUGGUCAACAAGUCGCCAAUGAUAUGACUCAUAAAAUCCUUGUAAAUGAAUCUGGUAAUAGUUCGUUGAUGAUCACGAAUGUGAAUCGCACUGACGCUGGUAUAGUAAUGUGCAUUGCACGAAAUAAAGCCGGCGAAACUUCUUGUCAAUGUAACUUGAGCGUUAUCGAAAAAGAACAGGUAGUUGCGCCGAAAUUUGUCGAACGUUUUGUUACAACGGGAGUAAAGGAAGGAGAAACUGUAGUCUUUAUGGCACGUGCAGUCGGCACGCCUAUUCCACGAAUCACGUGGCAAAAAGAUGGCGUACCGAUAAUGCCUGGUCCUGAAAUACGCAUAUCAAGUGAUGGUAACGGAGCUUCAACUUUAGACAUCCCGUGCGCCAAAUUUUUAGAUGCAGCCUGGUACCAGUGUACAGCGCAAAAUAUAGCCGGCUCCACUGCAACUCGAGCACGGCUCAUUGUAGAAACGCCAAAAGGAACGACCCCGGAACCAAGACGCCUGAAUUUACCCCGACCAACGAAAGUUAUCGAACCAGAACCAGCACCUGGCCCCGAAGUGAUUUACUUGAGACAUGUGGAACGCGCGAAACCUUGUUUGCCGCCUCCCGAAGAAGAUAAAAUUUACCCCCCGCCACGUUUCAUUAUACCGUUAAAGAAUGUUCAUCAAAUCGAAGGUGGACGAAUUCACUUCGAGGCCAGAAUCGAACCGGUGGGCGACCCCACUAUGAGGGUGGAGUGGUAUGUUAACGGCAGAACUCUCGACGCGAGUUCUCGGGCGACUUCCGUCUUUCGCUUCGGUUUUAUUUCACUUGAUCUUAUUAGCAUUGUUCUUCAAGAUAGCGGCGAUUAUUUGUGCCGUGUUGUAAGCUUGACCGGAAUUGCCGAUUCUCGAGCCACCCUCAGUGUAACCCCACGUGCCACGAUUGAACAAGCAAGCCAACACCCCGACAGCCUUCAAUACAUUCAACAGCUCGAGGAUUACAGCAAGUAUCAAAAACAGGAGAGCGUGGAUGAGAUCUCUUUACAGCGGCCGGUUUUUAUCCGCCCACUCCAGGAUCUUGGUGAGCUACAUGAAGGUCGUAACGCUCAUUUCGAGGCGCAGUUGACACCUGUUAGCGAUCCUAUCAUGAAAGUGGAGUGGUAUAAGGACGAAAAACCAAUUACAGCAAGUUCAAGAAUCAUUAGCAUCUUUAACUUCGGAUACGUCUCACUCAAUAUAAUGCACUUACGGGCUGAAGAUGCAGGUUCUUAUACCGUCAGAGCUGUGAACCGCUUGGGAGAAGCCAUCAGCUCCGCGACUCUUCGUGUUUUUGCGCGAACAAGUGUAACAACAGACUUGGGUAUCCCCGAACAACUGAGAUACAUAGAGGCUACCGAGGAAUUGGAAGCAUAUCAACAGGCGAUGCACCAAAAGUAUGUGCAAGAGCAGCUCGAACCGAGUAGCCCACCGGAAUUUAAAUCACCUAUUAAGGAUCAGAGCAGCAUACGAGAAGGCGGAUUUGCUCAUUUUGAGGCGCGUCUCGAACCAAUCGGUGAUGCCGACCUCCGUGUUGAGUGGCUGAAAGAUGGGCAACCUGUAGAAGCUAGUUCUCGGAUUACAACUUUUUUCAAUUUUGGUUACGUGGCAUUGACUAUCAAAUACGUAACGAUACACGAUGUUGGCAUGUAUACUUGCCGAGCCUAUAAUAGAGCCGGUGAGGCUCACACUACCGCUCAAUUAAGUGUAAUCAGCAAGAAUGAUGUUAUUUAUGACAGCCAACAUCCUAAUGGUCUACAAAAAAUUCAAUCUCUCGAAGAUUCGAGUAGAUAUUCACGACAGGUUCAAGAAGAAACGCAAAUUACACAAGCACCACGAUUUCUGGGUAAUCUUAAAGGUACCAAUAAGAUCGUAGAAGGCCAACGGGCACAUUUUGAGGCACGCGUCGAACCACAAAGUGAUCUGAGUAUGAAAAUCGAAUGGUACCACAACGGCAAACCUAUUACUGCCGCUAAUAGAAUCCAAACGUAUCACGAUUUUGGAUACGUUUCCAUUGAUAUUCUUCAAGUUUGUUCUGGAGACGCUGGUACAUACACCGUUGUGGCUAAAAACUCCCGUGGAGAAGCUCGUUUAUCUGCCACUAUGACUGUAGAGAUGCGUUCCAGCAUAGAUACCAGCAGCAUGCAUCGCGGAACGUACGAGAAAACUCAACGUUUAGAAGAAUUCAAGUUUGUUGAGCCGCAAUAUCAUAUCGAAGAGAUCUCUAAAUCAAAACCAAUUUUUAUCCAGCCGUUGAGUGAUCCUAAGUCAGUUAGCGAGGGAAAAAAUAUUCACUUGGAGUGUCGUUUGGAACCGAUGGGUGAUCCUACAAUGAGAGUUGAAUGGUUCCAAAACGGACGUCCAGUCACAGUCGGUUCUAGAUUCAGAACUUAUUACGAUUUCGGAUUUGUUGCACUCGAUAUAGUACACACUACCGUUUAUGAUUCUGGUGAAUAUACAGUCAGAGCUACUAAUCAUCUGGGUACCGCACAUACUUCUGCUUGUGUCAGAAUUAUCGGAAAGUCUGACAUCGACACUGAAACACAAAAUGAACAGUCACUUGAACAGAUACAAAUGUUGGAAGAUGCAUUAAGAUAUCGCAAAACUCAACACGAGGAUGUCACGGUGAUGCAAGCACCUCAGUUCAUUCGGCCUUUGCACAAUAUUGAGACGGUAGAAUUGACCAAUGUUCAUCUCGAGUGUCGCCUUCAACCAAUUGGUGAUGUUACUAUGAAAGUAGAUUGGUUCGUUAAUGGUCGACCGAUCAAAACUGGUCACCGAUUCAGACCAUCUUACGAAUUUGAUUAUGUGGCUCUAGAUAUUCUCGGUGUUUAUCCUGAAGAUUCUGGUGUAUAUACCUGUCAAGCUAGAAAUCAGCUCGGCGAAGCAGUUACUUCGUGUUCUGUAAGAGUACACGCCAAGAAGGAUUUACUUCUAGAGUCCCAACAUCCCGAAGGAUUGGAAAGAAUACAGUACUUGGAGGAUGCGUCACGAUAUAAAAGACAUGAACUGGUGGAUGAAGUGGUCACCGUAAAGCCAAAAUUUAUUACAAAUCCAAAAAAUCAAGAAAAUCUUCGAGAAGGACAACAUGCUCAUUUCGAGUGCAAAUUGGAGCCGGUAACCGAUCCGAAUUUAAAAGUCGAGUGGUUUAAGAAUGGUCGGCCAGUUACAAUAGGACACCGGUUUCGUCCAAUUCAUGAUUUUGGUUAUGUUGCAUUGGACGUAAUUGAUUUGAUUGCCGAGGAUUCUGGAACAUACACUUGUCGUGCAAUUAAUCUCGUAGGAAGUGACGAAGUACUCUGUACUUUAACGUGUCACUCGAGCGCACAAAUAUUAACGGAUACACAAAAUGAGCUUGGACUUGAACAAAUUCACUAUCUUGAGGAUAAAUCUAAAUAUCGUAGACAAGAAGUUAUUGAAGAAACUACCACUCAGGCGCCUAUUUUUACAACUUCAUUAAAUAAUGUCGAAAUAAAAGAGGGCCAGCGAGCACAUUUUGAAUGUAGAUUAAUUCCAGUAUCCGAUGUAACAAUGAAAAUUGAAUGGUUCCAUAAUAAUAAACCAGUAAAAGCAGGCUCGAGAUUCAUCGAAACAAACAACUUUGGUUUCGUUGCUCUUGAUAUUAUGUACGCGUACCCUGAAGACUCUGGAACAUAUACUUGCAGAGCUAAAAAUAUUAUUGGUGAAGCCAUCACCUCUGCAACCGCUAUCGUUCACUCUAAAAAGUCAAUCUACACAGAGACUCAGAGCGAAGAAACUCUUCAACGUCUUCGCUCGUUAGAGGACAUGUGUCGUUAUCAACGUAAAGCUACAAUCGAGGAAAUUAUUACACGAGCUCCUGUAUUUACAAUGCCGAUAAAAGAUCUUCGUGUUGCUGAAAAUCAAGCAGCACAUUUCGAAGCACGUGUUAUUCCAGUUGGAGAUCCUAAACUCAAAGUAGAAUGGCUACGUAAUGGAAUUCCUAUUUCAGCCUCAAAUCGAGUGACGACCAUGCACGAUUUUGGAUAUGUCGCUUUAAAUAUGAAGUACGUCAAUCCCGAAGAUUCAGGUACUUAUACGUGUCGUGCUACAAAUGAACUUGGAGAAGCAGUUACUUCAGCAACAUUGUUAGUUCAAUCCAAGGCGGCAUUGCAGUUCGAAUCACAACAUGAGAGUGCUUUAUCGAAACUUCAAGCCCUGGAGGAUACUACAAAAUAUCAACGUCGUGAGGAGGAGGAAAUUAUGGUAAAAGAUAAGCCAUCUUUUACGGUACAACUAAACGGACCUACCAAUUUAGUCGAGGGACAAAGCGCACAUUAUGAGUGUCGCAUAGAACCUUACCCCGAUCCUAAUAUGAAAGUAGAAUGGUUUCACAAUGGCAAACCAUUAUCCACUGGUCACAGAUAUAGAACUACUUGUGAUUUUGGAUUCGCAUCGUUGGAUGUAUUGACUGUAUAUGCCGAGGAUUCGGGCACAUAUGCUUGUCAUGCCACUAAUAAAUUGGGAUCGGCGAAGAGCUCGAUUAAUCUUGACGUGAAGUCUCGAGCAUCAAUCAUUCAUGACACGCAACAUGAGAGCGCAUUGAAAAAAAUACAAUAUCUUGAAGAUGAUUCAAGAUAUAAACGAGUGAUCGAAGAAGAUACGAUCAUCGCUGAGAAGCCCACUUUCGGAAGACCAUUGAAAAAUAUUGAGCAUCUUCCAGAAGGCAAAAACGCUCAUCUCGAAGCUACAUUGACGCCUGUGAAUGAUCCGACGAUGGUAGUCGAAUGGUUUAGAAAUGGACGUCCCAUUCCUCAAGGACAUAAAUUUAAAACAAUCUACGAUUUUGGAUACGUCGCUCUCGAUAUUCUUUAUGCUUAUCCUGAAGAUUCUGGUACCUAUAUGUGCAAAGCAAGAAACACUAUAGGCGAAGCGAUCACUACUUGCAUGAUCAGCGUGGAUUCAAAACAAGGCUUAUAUCUCGAUACAUUGGAUGCACAACGUUUGCAAAAAAUUCGAGAGUUAGAAACUGUUGAAGUUAAAGAAGAAAUCGAAAAGGAGGUUAUUUAUCAAAAACCUGUAUUCUUGACCCCGUUGAACAAUUUGGAUCAUCUCAAGGAAGGCGAACACGCUCAUUUAGAAUGUCGUGUGGAGCCAAUUAACGAUCCAAACUUAAAAAUCGAAUGGUUUGUUAAUGGAGUUGCAAUUAAAACUGGUCAUCGCUUCCGUACAACACAUGAUUUCGGCUAUGUCGCUCUUGACAUUCUUUAUACAUAUCCUGAAGAUUCCGGUACUUAUAUGUGUAAAGCAACCAACCUAGUUGGCGAAGCGGUUAAUACUUGCACUAUCAAAGUCAGCUCACGGCGGAGUAUUCUUUUGGAUACCCAACAUCCGGAUGGUUUAGAAAAGAUUCGAGAAUUAGAGUCUCAAGGUCAUCUUGCACGUUUAGAAAUUGAGGAACCACCAGUAAUACCACCGAGAUUUGUCUCUGAGCUUAGGGGUACAACUGAAGUAUAUGAGGGGCAAACGGCUCAUUUUGAGUGUCAAGUAGAGCCUUUGCAUGACGCAAAUCUAAGAAUUGAAUUCUUUCACAAUGGUAAACCAUUGCCAUCGGCAGCUCGUUUCCAUGUAACUUUUGAUUUUGGGUAUGUAGCUUUAGACAUUGGUCAUGCCGUACCCGAAGAUGCAGGACAAUAUUCCGUAAAAGCGAUUAACACAUUGGGACAAUGCGUAUCAUCUAUCGAGCUUAAGGUAAUCUCAAGAGAUAACAUUAUUCUGGAUUCUCAACGGCCGGAGGGAAUGGAUAAAAUUAGGGAGCUUGAAGCUCAACAGCCAUGGAAGAGACCGGAGAUUCCGGAGCCUCAAACUCGACAGCGACCAGUUUUCACGCAACCAUUGCAAAAUAUCGAUAACAUUAUCGAGGGUCACACUGCACAUUUUGAAUGCAGACUCAUACCCGUGGGUGAUCCUAUGCUUAAAGUGGAAUGGUUUAGAAACGAAGUGCCUCUUGAGACAAGUUCGCGAAUCACAAAAGUGCAUGAUUUUGGCUAUGUAUCUUUGGAUAUUGCUCACGUACGUGACGAAGAUGAAGGCGUUUAUAUGUGCCGCGCGUCUAAUCCGUUGGGCGAAGCGGUUACCACAGCUUCAAUAAAAAUUAAAACUAAGGCAAGCAUACAGUUAGAUACUCAACAUCCAGAGGCGCAACGUAGAAUCGCUCAGUUGGAAGCUAAAGAAGCCGGACGACCCGAGGAGCCGGAAAAAGUUUUUGAUAAACCGAUUUUCACGCAGUUGCUAACUGGACCAAUUGAACUUUGGGAAGGACAAACGGCUAGAUACGAAUGCAGAGUCGUUCCUGUCGGCGACGCCAGUUUAAGAUUCGAAUGGUACAUGAACGGAGUCGAAUUAAAAAUGGGUUCACGCUUCCACGUAAAUCAUGAUUUCGGAUAUGUAACAUUGGACAUUCUAAAAGUUGUCCCUGAAGAUUCUGGAGUCUAUACUUGCAAAGCGAUUAACAAUGCAGGAGAGGCAAUAUCAUCGAUCUCUUUGAAAGUAAAAGCGCGUUCAGCUAUCGAUUUCGACAGCAUACAAACGGAUGCGUGGCAGAAGAUUCAAUUGAAAGAAUCAGAAAUGAAUAAAGUGCCAGAAAUGUUUGUCGAUACAACUCCGCAGCAAGCACCAGUUUUCACCAAACAUCUUGAAAGCUUUGAUAAAUUAAUAGAGGGUCAACGUGUUUAUUUAGAAGCUCAGGUGGAGCCGCGGGCGGAUCCCAAUUUGAGAGUGGAAUGGUGCAAGAACGGUAUAGCUCUCCAAACUGGAACAAGGCUUCGAAGUACAUUUGAUUUCGGUUUAGUAACGCUAUCGAUCAACGGGCUAAGACCUGAUGAUUCCGCAAUUUAUACAUGCAAAGCAACCAAUCUUUUGGGAGAAGCUGUAUCAACCUGUAGUUUGAAAAUUGCCGAUUGUCAUUGGUUAUUAGGAGAUACUUUGCAUCCUGAUGCUCUACCGAAAAUUGAUACUUUAGAACAGCCUCAGAGAAUCUCUACUGAGCAACCGGAACCUAUUUAUAAAGAACCAGUUUUUAUCACUCAUUUAAAUAAUGUAGAAUGCAUCGAGGGUGAUAACGCUCACUUCGAAUGCAAUGUAGAACCGUCGAAAGAUCCGACUAUGAAGAUUGAAUGGUUUUUGAACAAUAAACCUUUGCCGACUGGAGCGAGAUUUAAAAGCACUUACGAUUUUGGUUACGUGGCUCUGGACUUGACUCACGCUUAUGAAGAAGAUUCUGGAGUGGUUACUGUUAAAGCUACAAAUUCAAUAGGAAGUGCACAGACAUCUGGUAGUUUAAAAUGUACUAGUAAACAAAAUAUUUAUUUUCAAACGCAACAUCCACAAGGAGAAGUUGGACUUGAGAAAGUGAAAAAAGCCGAAGAUGCUUAUCUAUCAAAAUAUAGGAAACCAGAAGAAACUCCUGAACAUGAAUAUUCUAAACCGAUCUGGACGGUGCCUCUCGGACCUGAAUUUAAAUUGGGAGAAGCUGCACCGUUACAUCUAGAGGGACAAGUUGAGCCAAAGGAUGAUCCUAAUUUAAAGAUUGAGUGGUACUUUAAUGGAAAACCUUUAGAACAUGGUUCACGCUUUAAAAUGACUAGCGAUUUUGGAUUCAUCACUUUGAACUUAACGGACGUUUAUGAACGUGACUCUGGUAUUUACACUUGUAAAGCCUAUAACAAAGCAGGCGAAGCUUUCACUUCAACGACGGUUUAUUGUUCUACGAAGGAAAAUAUCAUAGAAAAGUCGCAGCAUCCUAAAGGAAAAGAAGGUCUCGAAGCUAUUCAAGAUCUGGAGGAGUCUUUAAAACGGCAAGAAAGAGUUCCUCUAGCAGAGGAAGAAGGUCAACCACCAAUGUUUACAUCGCAAUUCGAGAAUCUAACUAAUCUCUUAGAAGGAGAGAUUGCUCACUUUGAAGCAUCUCUCAUCCCUACUGGUGAUCAAACUAUGAUAGUUGAAUGGUUUUACAAUGGCAAAUCUUUAGAAGCUAGUCACCGUACAAGAAUCGUUUAUGCUUUUGGCAUGGUUGUUUUCGAAAUUCUCGGUACUAAAAUAGAAGAUUCGGGUACUUAUACUUGUAGAGCCACCAACAAAUGGGGUAAAGCAGAAAUUAGCGUACAAUUAGAAUGUAUCGACAAGUCCAAAGGACAAAAACCUAAAUUUACAACGCAGAUUCAAUCUUUGGAAAGUUUAAAGGAUGGCCAAUCAGCUCACUUUGAGUGUAAUCUGAUCCCAGUAGGUGAUCCUCAUAUGAAAGUCGAAUGGUUCCACAAUGGAAAACCUCUACGGCAUUCGUCACGUUUUAAAAUGGUCUCUGAUUUCGGCUUUGUAGUUAUGGAUAUCGCCGGCGUGAUGUCUCACGACAGUGGAGAAUACGUUUGCAAAGCUAGCAAUAAAUACGGCGAAGAUUAUACAAAAGCUACGAUCAAGUGCUUUGGCAAAAGCGAAGUUUACUUAGAUUCUCUGCAGCCGGAUUCGCUUGCUAGAAUUCGAGAACUUGAAAGUUAUACGGGAGAACAAGCAACUACAUCUACGACUUUUAUCACUGAACCACCGAAAUUCAUUACGCAGAUUGUGGACAUAACAAAACUGGUAGAAGGACAGUCCGCACACUUCGAAGCUAGGCUAACUCCAGUGAAUGAUCCCGAUUUGAAAGUCGAAUGGUACUAUAAUAGCAAAAAACUUCCUCACGGUCAUCGAUAUCGCACUUUCCAUGACUUUGGUAUUGUUAUCCUAGACAUACUCUAUUGUUACGAAGAGAAUUCUGGAGUUUACGAAUGCAGGGCCGUCAACAAAUAUGGUGAAGAUUUUACGAGAGCAACGCUCAAAUGCUUCUCCAAAGCUAAUCUUGUUUUAGAAUCGCAACUUCCAAAGGGUAUGGAGGGCGGUCUAGAAAAAAUACAAAAUCUCGAAGACUCAAUGAUUCGUACGAAGGACGAAAAAAUUGUAGAAGAACGAGGCAAAGCUCCUAUGUUCACUGUACCUUUGAGUAACAUUGAUGAUCUACGAGAGGGAGAAAGUGCGCAUUUUGAGGCACGAGUAAUUCCUACGGACGAUCCAAAAUUAAAGGUCGAAUGGUUUUGGAAUGGUAAACCAUUGCGAACAGGAUCUCGCUUUCGCACUUUUUGCGAUUUUGGUUUCGUCAUUUUGGAAAUUUCUCCCAUCUACCCUGAAGACUCCGGCGAAUAUAGUUGUAGAGCAACAAAUAACUACGGUGAAGCAGUAACAACGUGCACGAUGAAGUGUACGGGCAAACGUAGUAUCAUUUUAGAAUCUCAGUUACCUAAAGGUAUGGAGAGUACAAUUGAUAAGAUUGCAGAGUUGGAAGGUCUUGGAGCUGCUUCAGGUCAGAUCAGUCCCGAGGAUGAUACUGGUAGACCGCCAGAAUUUAUCACGACUCCAUUUGACUUAACUUUGACUGAAAAUUCUCUUGCUCACUUCGAAUGCCGAUUACAGCCAAUUAACGAUUCCAGCAUGAGAGUCGAAUGGUUCCAUAACGGCAAGCCUCUUCUCGCUGGUAGUAGAGUCAAAACGAUUCAUGACUUCGGUUUCGUCAUUCUAGAAGUUGCAAAUUGCUAUCAACGCGAUUCCGGCUUAUAUACUUGUAAAGCUACUAAUCGUCAUGGUGAAGCCACAGUAUUAUGCAAGCUUCAAGUUCACGGACGUCAAGGUAUUAUCCUGGAGCCUCAAUUACCGAAUAAUUUUAAAACCGGUACAGAAAGCAUUCAGAAAUUGGAAGAGUCCCUAUAUAAAAAAGAUGAAAUCUUGGCGGAGGAAGAAAUGCCGAAUCCACCGAAAUUUAUUGUCGAACUGAAAGAUAUCGAAGUUGAAGAAGCUGGACCGAGUCACUUCGAUUGUAGAGUCGAGCCUGUAGGUGAUCCUACUAUGCGUAUUGAUUGGUUCCACAAUGGUCGGCCCCUUGCAACUGGUUCUCGUAUCCAUCAAAUUAAUGAUUUUGGAUUUAUAUCAUUGGAUAUGUCGUACACAUAUGCACGAGAUAGCGGCGAAUAUGUCUGCAGAGCUACCAACAAAUGGGGUUCUGCUACUACCAAGGCUACCAUUACUUGCAAAUCCAAGAAAACGAUAGAUUUUGAUUCUCAAUUGCCAAUGGGAAUGGACGGUGAAAAACUAAAAGAAUUGGAGAGAGGACCAGUCUCUCAAGCUCCUGCGGAAGAAGCACCACAGCAACCGCCUCAUUUCAUCACGCAAAUCCAAUCGACAACCGUCGACGAGGGUGAACCAGUCAGAUUUGAAUGCCGUGUGGAGCCCAAAGAGGAUCCGAAUCUACGCAUCGAGUGGUACAGAAAUGGCAAAUUGAUACCUGCUGGGCACAGAUAUAGAACGGUUUACGAUAUAGGGUUCGUAUCUAUGGACAUCUUAUAUGUUUAUCCCGAGGAUUCUGGUGAAUAUGUUUGUAAAGCCAUCAAUAACCUUGGAGAAGAUACCACUCGAGCUGCUGUAUCUUGCAAGAAAUUACCAAGUAUUAUUUUGCAAAAUCAAGUACCAAAAGGUAUGAAAAAAUCUGAGACCUUGAUGCAGAUGGAAGCAACAAUUAAAAAAUAUACUUCGGAAAUUCAUUUAACUGAAGAUGAUCUAUAUGACGCGGAUAAAAAACAGCCGCCUCGUUUCGUUACGCAGAUUCAAGAUCAGACCGAUCUUAUUGAAAUGAAUAGUACCAAGUUUGAAUGUCAAUUGGCACCUGUGGGUGAUCCAAAUAUGAAAGUCGAAUGGUUCUUUAACGGGAAACCAUUACCUCAUAAGAAUCGAUUUACGCCUAUUUAUGAUUUUGGUUAUGUCGCGAUGAACUUUGGUUGGGUUUAUCCAGAAGACAGUGGCGAGUAUUUAUGCAGAGCUACGAACCUUUAUGGAAUGGACGAGACCAGAGCUAUAAUCAAAACUGCGGGAAAACCAGGAAUUAUCUAUGAAUCUCAACUUCCAAAAGGCAUGAAAAGUAUCGAAAAGAUCAGAGAAAUGGAAGCAGCAUGGCAAACUGUACCCGAAGAGGAAAGUGAACAAGAAAAAGUACGCUCGGCGCCUAUUUUCGUGACCAAACCAGAACCGGUAAUCGUUGAAGAAGGCGACUGGUCUAGAUUCUGUUGUCGAGUCACUGGACAUCCAAGACCUCGAGUUAUGUGGAUAAUCAAUGGACAUACGAUAGUCAACGGAUCCCGCUAUAAAUUAACAUACGAUGGCAUGUAUCAUCUGGAUAUACCAAAGACCAGACAGUACGAUCAUGGAAAAGUGGAAGUGAUUGCAAGGAGCUCCGUUGGCGAAGCACAAACAGAAACGACUCUAACGGUCAAACAGCGAAGCGACGAUUACCGCGGUGUAUUGAAAAAUUCACCAAGACCCUGGUACGAUUAUGGACUAACACAGUACCAGACCGAGCGGGAAAACACAGAAUUGGAGCGUGUAUUUGACGAACGUCAUCAAAGCGUUUCCCAAGGAAUCGAAAUUGCCACAGAGCAUCUUGGCCCUAAAGUUAUUAAAGAGCCUGAGACCGAAUGGCAAAAAUCCGUUAAGAGCAAAAAGAAUGAAGAUUAUUAUAAUAAGUUGAUGAAUCUUGAAGAGGAACAAAUGCUCAAAGAGACCAGAUUAAGGGAAGCUUCGCAUCAAUUUGCUAUUCCUGGCGACAAAGUCAUUGCACAUUCCUUAGCAAAGGGAAUGGCUCAAAAGUAUGAAGAAAGUUUAGAGGAACAACCACAGCAAGAACCUAUACAACCAUUUCCGAAAUAUGUAAAAAAACCAUUUGUUACUGAAGUGGAUAUAGAUACAGAACGCGUUAAAGCCGCUGAAAAACAUCUUCCAGAACCGUCUGAAUCCACAGUUCAUGGUCGCGAAGUUCAUGUUGCAAAACAAAAACAAAUACAAAAGGAAGUCAAAGGUGACGUAGAAAUAACAAGAAAAAUUACAGCAACAGAGACAACGGAAGUAGAACAUAAAGCGAAAACGCAAGAACGCAUGGUGCAAGGUCAAAUCAAACCUGCCAAACCGCCCAUUUUUACGAAGAAAAUUCAACCUUGUAGAGCAUUUGAGCAAGAACAAGCCAAAUUUGAAGUUGAAUUUGAUGGCGAUCCACUACCAACUAUCAAAUGGUACCGUGAAGAUUUUCCUAUACAAAACUCAGUCGACCUUCAAAUUUACACCUUCAGUACCAAGUCGGUAUUAAUUAUUAGACAAGUUUUUAUGGAAGACUCUGGUAUCUUUUCUGUCAUCAUUGAAAAUAGAGGAGGAAAAGCCAAAUGUAGUGCCAAUUUAGUCGUAGAGGAACGCAGAAGGCAGCCUGGACGAGGUGGUGCAGUACCACCCAGUUUCUUAUCUACAAUCCAAUCUGUUUCUGUUGUUACUGGACAACUCGCUAGAUUCGAUGCCAAAAUUACUGGUACUAAACCUCUGGAUGUUUAUUGGCUUAAGAAUAGCAAAAAGAUAAUAGUGGAUAUCCGGUAUAAAACUUUGGAAGAAGACAAUAUUUAUACGUUUCUGAUUCUGGAGACAGUACCAGAGGAUACUGGCAAAUAUGAAUGUGUUGCGAUUAACAGUGCCGGAGAAGCGCGUUGCGAAGCGGAAUGUAAUGUUCGUAGACUACAAUCUCCAAUAAAAGUCAUAAAACCUACAAUGCCAACAGUAGAAAAAGCGCCGAUAGUUUUGGAGCUAUUAAGAGAUCAAACCAUUAAGGAAGGAACUUCAGUCGCUUUCACCUGUAGGAUCACAGGAAAGCCUAUUCCUACUAUACAGUGGAAGAAAGCUGAUAAGAUAAUCAAACCAUCGAAGUACUUUCAAAUGCAAAAAGAAGACGAUUUUUAUACCUUGAGGAUUUCUGAAGCUUUUCCCGAGGACGAAGGUGUUUAUAAAUGUAUUGCUAAAAACCCCGCUGGCGAGGUCACAACCUUUGCUAAUCUCAGAGUUCUUGCUCCCGACACAACUGAUGUCCUGGCAAAAUUGACUCCUUUGAAAGAUCAGAUAGUCAUAGAAGGACAACCAGCUCAAUUUAAGACUCAAGUGAGUCCGGCAAAGCCUAAACCAACAAUUCAGUGGUAUCGAGAGGGUGCCUUGAUCCCACAAUCACCAGACUUUCAGAUGAUUUAUGAAGGGAACAAUGCGGUGUUACUAAUAGCAACUACCUAUGAGGAGGAUACUGGUACCUUCACUUGCCGCGCUACAACCUCAGCCGGUACCGUAGAAACAUCUGCCAAACUCAUCGUCAAAAAGAGGAAAGAAGCCCAUUACGCGGUUCCUGCAGAGACGGGUGCCAGUAUCGAAAUGGAUGCAAAACUUCAUCAAGAUUUGAAAGAUGUAAUUCUGAGAUCUUUAUCUCUCAACGAAAAUAAUUUACCAUUUGAAGUACAAUUUCAACCUGGUGAUGAAUCGCUGCCUUGGCAGCGAAGAGGACGCGUUCCGCACAUACCUCGAACUUAUGAUUCACUUCCAUGGCGAAAAAUACAAACAACAUCAAGAGAUUCUUCACUGGAUAAGCUUAAAAAUUUCGAGAGUCAAAUAAAACCAUGGACCGAGGAAGAAGUAAUUUUGAAAAAGACUCCCAAGAUCACCAAGGACGUAACAACAAAAAGACUAGAAGAAGUUGAGUUAAAACCAACGAAGAUUGAAAAAAAAGACAUCCAUGGAUUUAAUAUAGAAACAACUAAGUUAAAAUCCGUGUCUAAAGAGGCAAUAGAUAAAGUUAAAAAAACAAUCAAAGAAUAUACUAGCGACAAUAUUACGACUGAACUUUACAAAGAGCAAAUGGAUAAUACCCCGGUAACAUCGCGUUAUUUAGAUGAAACCAUGUCGAAAAAAGAGAAACAGGAGAAACCAAGAUUAUGGUUGGAAGAACAAAUUGUUUCAAAGGAAAUGGAACCAAAAACAAAAAUAACUUCCGAAUUAGAUGUAGAAAAAAUUAGUUUUCUUGGAAAAAAGGACACUUCUUUGCUUACAAUUGUAAAGGACGCGAAAAUGCAAAAAUUAAUAAAAGAAAAGCCUAUCACAGAGAAGGCAGAACAACCUAAACCUUGGACGGAGGAAAGAAUCGCUUUGAAAAAGGCAAAACUAGAAAGAAAAGAAAUACGUAAAGAAAUCCUCGAAACCGUUUUACUAAAACCUUCGCAAGUAAUAAAGAAAGAUCUUGUAGAAUUAACGUUAGAUAACGCAGGUCAAAAACCAACUUCAAAAGAAGCUGAAGCUAUUUCAAUAAUUACGCGAAUUGAUGUCACUACAGAUAAGAGAAGACCAAGCAAAGAAAUGGAUAAAACAAUCAUAGAUAAGAUAGAUAAGACAAAAUCAUGGACAGAAGAAAAAGUUAUGUUGAAAAAAUCUAAACCUAUUCAGAAAGAAGUAUAUAAAGAGACUCUUGAAGAAGUAUCAUUAAAGCCAACACCAAGGUCAGAUAAAAAAAUUUUAAAGAAAGAAAGAGUAGAGAAAAUAGAUUUGAAACGCAUCAAGAAUAAAAACGAAACAAUAGAAAAUACUAACAUGACUGGGGUCGUACAGCGAGAAAACAUACCAUAUUACGAAGAAGAAGACAAAAUAAUUAUACAAAUAAACAAAGAUGUUGAAUCUACUAAAAAAAUGAACAGUGAAAAAAAAUCAAAAAGUAUAUUAUACACAGAAAAGGACGAUACUACGAUCCUCAACAUUGCUAGAAUUGAUAAUGUAAUCGAAAAAUCUAAACAAGAAGAGGUACCAUGGGUUAGAGAUAGAAAAACAAGAGAAAGAAAAGAAGUUGAGGAAAUAAAAACAUAUGAAAUAAUUGAAUUUGAAGUUAAACAGAAAGAAGAUAAACUUACGGAGAUUUCCGAAGCUCCAUGGCGCCGUAAAUCAAAACCUUUAAUUCAAAAAGAAAUUUUGGAAAUUGAAUCAACUAAAGAAAUAAUUAAACCAGACGAAGCAAAACAUAAAGAAGUAACAUUGAAACAUGUUACAAAACAUCAUAAAGAGGAAGAAUCAAAAGAAAUCACUUUGAAAACAGUGGAAAAAGACAAAGUUGAAGACAAACCAGAGAAAAUCCCAUUUAAGCCAGUGAAAAAGAUAGAAAAACCCGAAGAGUUAAAACUGGAGCAAGUCGUACUAAAACCUGUCAGAAAGCUUCCUAAAGACGAAGAACCAAAGGGAGAAGUCACUUUGAAACCAGUGAAAAAGGACAAAGUUGAAGAAAAACCAGAAAAACUCCGAUUCAGGCCAGUGAAAAUGAUAAAAAAACCCGAAGAGUUAAAACCGGAGCAAGUCAUACUAAAACCUGUCAGAAAGCUUGCUAAAGAUGAAGAAUUAAAGGAAGAAGUCACUUUAAAACCAGUGGAAAAGGAUAAAGCUGAAGACAAACCAGAGGAAAUCCGAUUCAAGCCAGUGAAAAUGAUAGAAAAACCGGAAGAGUUAAAACCGGAGCAAGUCGUACUAAAACCUGUCAGGAAGCUUCCUAAAGACGAAGAGUCAAAGGAAGAAGUCACUUUAAAACCAGUGGAAAAGGAUAAAGCUGAAGACAAACCAGAGGAAAUCCGAUUCAAGCCAGUGAAAAUGAUAGAAAAACCGGAAGAGUUAAAACCGGAGCAAGUCGUACUAAAACCUGUCAGGAAGCUUCCUAAAGACGAAGAGUCAAAGGAAGAAGUCACUUUAAAACCAGUGGAAAAGGAUAAAGCUGAAGACAAACCAGAGGAAAUCCGAUUCAAGCCAGUGAAAAUGAUAGAAAAACCGGAAGAGUUAAAACCGGAGCAAGUCGUACUAAAACCUGUCAGGAAGCUUCCUAAAGACGAAGAGUCAAAGGAAGAAGUCACUUUAAAACCAGUGGAAAAGGAUAAAGCUGAAGAAAAACCAGAGGAAGUCCGAUUAAAACCGGUGAAAAAGAUAGAGGAACACGAAGAGUUGAAACCUGAGCAAGUCGUACUAAAACCUGUUAGAAAGCUUUCUAAAGACGAAGAAUCACAGGCAGAAGUCACUUUGAAACCAGUGGAAAAGGAUAAAGCUGAAGACAAACCGGAGGAAGUCCGAUUCAAGCCGGUGAAAAGGAUAGAGGAACCCGAAGAGUCAAGAGAAACCCGAAGAGUCAAAACCGGAACAAGUCGUACUAAAACCUGUCAGAAAGCUUCCUAAAGAUGAAGAA